UGCCAGCAGUGCAAGCGGCGAAGGAUUAAGUGCGAUGAGAGUAAACCCAUUAGCGGCACCUGCUCCCAUUUAUCCCAACGUUGCAAUUAUGAUUCUUGUGGCUCACAGCUAGAAACUCGGGACUUGGAAGUGAGGAAGAGAGGUAGACCACGUAAAAAUUGGACCGUCGUGUCCGUUGAGCGCAGAACUACUUCUCCCUCCGAAGUCAAUACCACCACCGCCUUAUCAACGUCUAUGACUCUCGCACGCUCGUCAACAGAUUCGUCGACAUGGAACGUGGAAAGGCCCCUGCACCUACCAUGGGAUGCUGAAGACUUGGAGCUCUUCUUCCACUACCAGAAUGAAGUCUGUGCCGGCAUGGGGGGUCACGACCUACAGCUGUGGAACGACCGCAUCCCCCGUCUUGCAUUCCGUCGCCACGAAGUGCUGCAUCUGCUUCUCGCCGUGUCCGCCAUUCAUCUGUCGAGACAGGAGCCCUUACGACGCGGUCGGCUCGAGGAGCGCGCAGAGGUACACCUGGCCAUCGGGCUGCGUCGCACCACUGAUAUUCUGCCCAACCUAAGCGUUCAGAACUGCGCCGAGCUAUAUGUGGCUACCAUCCUGGUCUGCACCUGUACCUUCGCCAAGCGGCCGGGGCCCGACAACUUGCUCGUCGUCGCAGACGGUGGCGAGGUAUCUUGGUGGGAUCUCUUCAGGGGUGUCCGCAUCAUCGUGGAGACAAUCGCCAUGCAGGCAGUAUUCGCUGGUGAGCUGGGGCCGAUGUCGUCUGACACUCAAGGUGACCGGCAGGAUGGGCCUCCUUAUCCUCAUCACGGUUAUUCUAGUGUUAUACUAGAUCGAGAAGACGUCCUUGAUCGCUUGUCUGUCCCCAUCUCUGCCAUGGCUGAUGAAAGUGUCAGAGGCGCUUGUCAGAGUGCACUCUGCAUUAUGAAGUGGUGCUUCCAAGAAGCAUAUGGCACGACUAUGAGGCCGAAGACCACGGCUGACGCCAAGGUCAAUAUUAUAAUGGCAUGGCUCUACUGCCCAUCCGAGGAGUUUGUGACAAGUCUGAAAGAAAAGGAGCCGGCUUCUCUCGUUCUUUUAGCUCAUUUCGCUGUACUUCUCCGGACUCUUUCUACGGCUUGGUUUAUGGAAGGAUGGGCGCCUCAUAUUUUGCAGCGGGUAUGUGAGAUUCUCGCGCCAGCCUGGACUGAAUGGGUGAAAUGGCCCCCCCUUCAAAUCAAGGAUUUUAGCACAUUA